AUGAUUCCUCAAGAGUACCCAGAAACAAAACUCUCGAAAUUCGUUAUAAGCUAUGGUAGUAAAAACCAAAGUAUAAGUUUACUUCCACUAGCUUGUGACUCGCAACAAGUUUCACUAAAACCCUUUAGGGACUAUUCAGCAUCAUUGAAUUUGAAACUUGAUCAUGCAUCUCGUCCACUUUGGGUUUUUCCGGAUGGUUUGAUAAUUGUGGAAACAUUCCAUGUUAGUAGUUCAGCAGCUUGUGAAUUCCUUUCAACUGUAGCAGAGCCUCUAAGUAGACCUGAGUUAAUUCAUGAAUAUCAAAUGACAAUUUUCUCUUUAUAUGCAGCUGUUUCAUUAGGAAUAUCAGUGAAUUCUAUAAUAGAAACCUUAAAUAAAUUUAGUAAGAAUGAGGUUCCUGAUGUUUUAGUGAAGGCUAUAAUUAGUCACUGUAAAUCUUUUGGAAAACUUAAAAUAGUCCUUAGGGAUGGGAGAUAUUUUGUGGAGGCAUCAAACAGAGAAGAAUUAUCUUACUUAUUAUCUGAUGAAAGGAUAAAAUUAUCAAGAGUUUACUCAGGAACAUCUUUUCAGUUAAACUCAGGUGAGAAGAGCUUGCAAGGAACUUCAAAUGAUGAAUUUAAUGUGUCUGAAGCUCCCUUAUUAAACCCAAAAGAUUUGGCAUUUAAAAUAACUGAAGAGUGCCAAGUAUCCAAUAAUGGAUCUACAUCAGCUAAUAUCUACUCAUUCGAGAUUUCUGGAGACAAGGUAGAUUUAGUUACCAUGAUUUCUUUUGUAGAUCUGCAUAGACCCUUACUCUCAGAAUACGAUUUUCGAUCUGAUCAUAGAAAUCCUUCCUUAGAUAUUACUCUCAAACAUACUACUCAGAUAAGGUAUUACCAAGAAUAUGCACUACGUAUGAUGUUUAGUAAUGGUAGAGCAAGAUCUGGAAUUAUAGUUUUACCUUGUGGAGCUGGUAAGACGUUAACAGGAAUUACUGCAGCUUGUACAAUGAGGAAAUCUAUCUUAAUUUUGACAACUAGUGCUGUGGCAGUGACUCAAUGGAGGCAACAAUUUGAGGAUUAUACAAAUGUUGAUAGUCGACGUUUGCACUGCUUAACUAGUGGAACUAAAGAUUCACUAGGACCAGCUUCUGAAGCUGAAAUAUUAAUCACAACUUAUACAAUGAUGGCCUUUACUGGGAAAAGAAGUGCAUCCUCCGCUCAUAUCAUUAAUCAAAUACAGGAAAGAGAGUGGGGUUUGCUAAUAUUUGAUGAAGUCCAAUUUGCCCCAGCUCCUGCUUUUAGAAGGAUUAAUAGUAUUGUUAAAGCUCACUGCAAAUUAGGUCUUACUGCUACUCUUGUUAGAGAAGAUGAUUUAAUUCAAGAUCUUCAGUGGCUAAUUGGACCUAAACUAUAUGAAGCAAAUUGGAUGGAAUUACAAGAUCGUGGAUACUUAGCUAGAGCAUUAUGUAGUGAAGUUUGGUGUCCAAUGACAUCCGAGUUUUUUAAAGAAUAUCUAAAUUGCUCACAUGCAAAGAGAAGGAAAUUGUGGGUAUGUAACCCAAAUAAGCUCAAGGUGUGUGAGUUUCUUAUUAGGUGGCAUGAGCAGAGAGGUGAUAAAAUCCUAGUUUUCAGUGACUCUUUAUUUGCCUUAAUUAGUGUUGCAGUAGCUUUAAAGAGACCUUUUGUAUGUGGAAGUGUAGAUAUUUUAGAAAGAAUUAAGAUUCUUCAACAAUUUAAGCAGAAUCCCAAUUUUAACACUAUUUUCCUCUCUAAAGUAGGAGAUAAUGCAAUAGAUAUUCCUUUGGCUAAUGUUGUUAUACAGAUCUCUUUUAACUUUGCUUCUAGAAGGCAAGAAGCUCAAAGAUUAGGCCGUAUACUUCGUCCUAAGCCAUAUUCUAAUUGGCAGAAAAAAUCUUUAUCUGCUUCAAUAGAAAAUACAGAAGAUCCUGUAAAUGAGACGUCCUAUAAUGCAUUCUUUUAUUCACUUUUAUCAAAAGAUACAGAGGAAAUGCAAUAUGCUGAUAAAAGGCAACAAUUCAUUAUUGACCAAGGGUAUAGCUAUAGAGUUCUCCCUAUAAAUUCUUUCCCUCUAGACAAUGAAAACUUACACUUUAGCGAAUUAAGUGCCCAGAUUGACUUAUUAAAUAAAAUAAAAGCCAGUGAUGAUCUUUUAUCAGAUGAUGAAGAAGAUAAUGUAUUAACUUCUGGGAGAACUACUCAGAUAGACAAUAUGAGCACUAGAUAUCCCAAAGUAAUUACAACGAAAUCAAGCCUUGCCAAGUUAUCUGGUGGAGAUCUGGAAAUUUCCAUAAAAGCUCAAAAUGACCAAAUAAUCAGUGGAGCAUUGAAUGCAAGACCAACAAAAUUAAAUAGACCUGUAAUCACUUUGAAGCAGAGAUCUAAUAAAGCUAAAAUUAGUGAUAUGCACUCUAUGUUUAGAAAUUUUCACAAAAACAAGCAAACUUAG